UUUUUGCUUGCUCUCCUACUGCUCCGGGGGCAUGAAAGGGUUUCGCCGCUGGGAGUAAAAGGAGCUUUCCCCAGGGUGCUCGAGAGAGGAGCACGCGGCCGGGAUCGGGGAUCGCAGUCCACUCUCUGUUUGAAGUUUGUGCCCAGCCCGAGCGAGCGCCGGUUGCCGAGCGCAGGGCAGAGCGAGAGGCCGCGGGACAGGACGGCGAUGCACGCACCGAGGCUCCGUGCGCCGGUGGCGGCGGUGGGGCUGCUGCUGUGCGCGGUCCUGGGGCGCGCCGGCGCGGCCGAGGGCAGUCGGGGCGCCGGCCGCGGACUACUGGGGCAGCCCUCCGGGCUUGCCACGGAGCGCCCCUGCCCUGAUUCCUGCCGCUGUCUUGGGGACCUGCUGGACUGCAGUCGCCAGCGAUUGGCGCGCCUCCCCGAGCCGCUCCCGGCCUGGGUCGCACGGCUGGACCUAAGUCACAACAGAUUAUCUUUCAUUAAGGCCAGUUCCAUGAGCCACCUUCAAAGCCUUCGAGAAGUGAAACUGAACAACAAUGAAUUGGAGACCAUUCCAAAUCUGGGACCAGUCUCAGCAAAUAUUAUCCUUCUUUCCUUGGCUGGAAACAGGAUUGCUGAGAUAGUACCUGAACAUUUGAAACAAUUCCAAUCACUUGAAACUUUGGACCUGAGCAGCAACAGUAUUUCAGAACUUAAAAGUGCACUUCCACCACUACAACUCAAAUAUCUGUAUAUCAACAGCAACCGAGUGACAGCCAUGGAACCCGGAUAUUUUGACAGCUUGGCCAACACACUCCUGGUGUUGAAACUGAACAGGAACCGAAUCUCAGCCAUCCCACCCAAGAUGUUUAAAUUGCCUCAGUUGCAGCACCUUGAACUGAACCGAAACAAGAUUAAAAAUGUAGAUGGACUCACUUUCCAAGGGCUUGGUGCUCUGAAGUCUCUGAAAAUGCAAAGGAAUGGAGUAACAAAACUUAUGGAUGGAGCAUUUUGGGGGCUGAGCAACAUGGAAAUCUUGCAGCUGGACCAUAACAACCUAACCGAGAUUACCAAGGGCUGGCUUUAUGGCUUGCUGACGCUGCAGGAACUUCAUCUCCGCCAGAAUGCCAUCAACAGAAUCAGCCCUGAUGCCUGGGAGUUCUGCCAAAAACUCAGCGAGCUAGACCUAACUUUCAACCAUUUAUCAAGGUUAGAUGAUUCAAGCUUCCUCGGCCUAAGCUUACUAAACACACUGCACAUUGGGAACAACAGAGUCAACUAUAUUGCUGAUUGUGCCUUCCGGGGGCUUUCCAGUUUAAAGACUUUGGAUUUGAAGAACAAUGAAAUUUCAUGGACUAUUGAAGAUAUGAAUGGUGCUUUCUCUGGGCUUGAUAAGCUGAGACGGCUAACACUCCAAGGAAACCGGAUUCGCUCUAUUACCAAAAAGGCCUUCACUGGUUUGGAUGCAUUAGAACAUCUAGACCUGAGUGACAACGCAAUCAUGUCUUUACAAGGCAAUGCAUUUUCUCAAAUGAAGAAACUCCAACAAUUGCAUUUAAAUACAUCAAGUCUUUUGUGUGAUUGCCAACUAAAAUGGCUCCCACAAUGGGUGGCAGAGAACAACUUUCAGAGCUUUGUAAAUGCCAGUUGCGCCCAUCCUCAGCUACUAAAAGGAAGAAGUAUUUUUGCUGUUAGCCCAGAUGGCUUUGUGUGUGAUGAUUUUCCCAAACCCCAGAUCACGGUUCAGCCAGAAACACAGUCUGCAAUAAAAGGCUCCAAUUUGAGUUUUAUCUGCUCAGCUGCCAGCAGCAGUGAUUCCCCAAUGACUUUUGCAUGGAAAAAAGACAAUGAACUUCUACACGAUGCUGAAAUGGAAAAUUAUGCACACCUCCGGGCCCAGGGUGGCGAAGUGAUGGAGUAUACCACCAUUCUUAGGCUGCGCAAUGUGGAAUUUGCCAGCGAAGGGAAAUACCAGUGUGUCAUCUCUAAUCACUUUGGCUCAUCCUACUCAGUCAAAGCCAAGCUCACAGUAAAUAUGCUCCCCUCGUUCACCAAGACCCCCAUGGACCUCACCAUCCGUGCUGGAGCCAUGGCACGCUUGGAGUGUGCUGCCAUGGGACACCCAGCCCCACAGAUAGCCUGGCAGAAGGAUGGAGGCACAGACUUCCCAGCUGCAAGGGAGAGACGCAUGCACGUGAUGCCCGAGGAUGAUGUCUUCUUUAUUGUGGAUGUGAAGAUAGAGGACAUUGGGGUGUAUAGCUGCACAGCCCAGAAUACUGCAGGGAGCGUUUCUGCAAAUGCAACUUUGACUGUGCUAGAAACUCCAUCAUUUUUGCGGCCUCUGUUAGAUCGAACUGUAACCAAGGGAGAAACAGCUGUUCUGCAGUGCAUCGCUGGAGGUAGCCCUCCUCCCAGGCUGAACUGGACCAAAGAUGACAGCCCUUUGGUGGUAACCGAAAGGCACUUUUUUGCAGCAGGCAAUCAGCUGCUAAUUAUCGUGGACUCGGAUGUCAGUGAUGCCGGCAAGUACACAUGUGAAAUGUCCAAUACCCUCGGCACUGAGAGAGGCAAUGUGCGCCUCAGUGUGAUCCCUACUCCUACCUGCGACUCGCCUCAGAUGACCGCCCCAUCAUUAGAUGAUGAUGGAUGGGCCACAGUGGGUGUCGUGAUCAUAGCUGUGGUUUGCUGCGUGGUGGGCACGUCGCUCGUGUGGGUGGUCAUCAUAUACCAUACAAGGCGGAGGAAUGAAGAUUGCAGCAUUACCAACACAGAUGAGACCAACUUGCCAGCAGAUAUUCCUAGUUACUUGUCAUCUCAGGGAACAUUAGCUGACAGGCAGGAUGGUUACGUCUCCUCAGAAAGUGGAAGCCACCAUCAGUUUGUCACUUCUUCAGGAGGUGGGUUUUUCCUGCCACAGCACGACAGUACUGGGACCUGCCAUAUCGACAACAACAGUGAAACUGAUGUGGAAGCUGCCACAGAUCCAUUCCUCUGUCCUUUCUUGGGAUCCUCAGGCCCUGUAUAUUUGAAGGGGAAUGUGUAUACUUCAGAUUCCUUUGAAGCCUAUCAUACAGGUUACAGUCCUGACCCAAGGACAGCUUUAAUGGACCACUAUGAGCCCAAUUACAUAAAGAAAAAGGAGUGCCAUCCAUGUCCUCAUCCCUCAGAAGAAUCCUGUGAGAAGAACUUCAGUAACACAGCGUGGCCUUCACAUGUGAGGAAGCUAAUGAACUCCUCUUACUCGCAAAAUGAAGGAGCUGCAGUGAAAAGUUUAGGUCUGAACAAGUCCUCUUUAGACUGUAAUUCAAGUCCAGAACCAGUGUCAGUAACUUCCAGUAAUUCUUUCAUGGGCACAUUUGGAAAGCCCCUGAGGAGACCGCAGCUCGAAGCCUGCUCCAGCUACGGGCAGUCACCAGAUUGCCAGUCGAGAGCCUUGCACAUGAAAGCUCCUUCUGUCCCAGAUUUGGACUUAGAGUCAGAGGAAGAUGAGAAAGGAAGGACAGAUUUUCAGGAAGAUAAUUACACAUGCACCUAUAAACAGAACUUAGAAAACUACAGGACUCAAAAUUUUCAGUCUUACAACUUGGACACAUAGACUGAAUUGAGCACCAAAGAAAAGCUUAACAUACUACCUCAGUGGACUUCUAUUUAAAAGAGACAGAAUCCUAUGUUUUUAAAUGGAGUUAUGAAUUUUAAAAGGAUAAAUUGCCCUAUUUAUACAGAUAAACCAAAAUUACAAAAAGUUAUAAAAAAUUUUAUACUGGGAGUAACUUUCACAUAAAAAAUACCUUUAAAAGUAUUUUAUAACUUUGUUUUAUGCAAGAAAAAAGUAUCUUAUGUAAAUUAAUGGUAUAAAACCCAUGACUAUUUUAUGUAUUUUUAUAAUGCCAGAUUUCUUUUUAUUGAAAAUGAAUACUAAAGCCUUUUAAAUAAUACCUGUCUUGUACCUUUUUUGAAUAGAUGUCACUUCAUUUUAUUUUGUGCAUUACAAUUUAAUAAACCUGCCACUUUGA